CAGUGACACUUGUUCACACUGACAACUGGCUGGCUGGCUGAGCACUGAAAAGUCUAGGAACAUGUCAGUGACCAAUGCGCAAGCGGAAGUUUAACUGUUGCCCACCUUCCAUUGAAACGGGACACGCUAAUUCGAAGCACUCUCGCCCUAGAUGGACUCGGACUGGGAGGCAAUACUGUAUGAAUGGGUGCACAAUUGAUAUCUCUUGCACGGAUCUUUCUGACGUAGACUAUCCACAAGAAACCGUGGAUAACAUGCUCUGUUCGAAUUUAGUCUCAUGGUCUAGUUUCCUAUAUGUUAGUCUACUGUAGAAACGUUUGGAGGAGUUCAUCGACAUGCAUUAGAAGAGGACAAACACAACUMGCUGGGCUGGUGGACUGGACAGAGGAAGAUUUCGCGAGGACACUCGCAGGGCGCGUAUGGAUUACAUGUAAAGCCAGUGUUGGUUUCGCUGCUAUUUGGGGGAAAGUCAUCCGAGAAGUGCAUUUUCAGGAGACCAUGGACAGCCUCGCUUCGGUGCCAGAGCGAUUCCGUUCAGCCUGGAUUGAUGUUUCCCGGGACUAGCAGAGCUCACAGCCGUGGAAUGGAGAGUGAAAUAAGCUCUAUGAAAAAAUAGGCUAUUUAUAAGAUUGGUUUCAAAUGUAUUUAUGUUCUGGGUAUCAUGGUUUAUUUCCAAAACAAUCGUAAAUAAACUACUUGGAAUCUUGUGAUACACUUCGAACAGUGGAUACUUUUAAAAGGAGCGCUUUGGUGACAAAUGUGUGGAUCUAUUGAGUUAGGCUAUGCACGGAAUUCAACUGUCAAAUGACAGUUUCAAAAACGUUUUGUUUUGUUUCCACUUUGUCGCCACUAUCUCUUUAAUUUCAUCCAUCCACCGUAUCACUCCAUUAACCAGGUUAGAGCCGUAGAGAAAGAGAAACAAACCCUCUGUCUCUUAUAGCGCGCCCACACGGGUACCGGGGUCGGGAUGUGGGGUGGCCGAGGUCUCCUAAUGUCUGUCACCGUGGUUGUAACUCUACUCCUGGUUAUUAUUGACGUUAAGGCGAGUGGAGAGUACUGUCACGGUUGGCAUGACACCCAGGGCACCUGGAGAGAGGGCUUCCAGUGCCCGGAGAAGUUUGAUGGUGAGGAUGCCAUCAUCUGCUGCGGGAAAUGCGAGCUCCGGUACUGCUGCUCCAGCACUGAAGCACGGCUGGACCAGGGGACUUGUGAAAACGACAAGCAAGCCCAGGAACCGGGCACCAACAGCAAGGAGAACAAGGAUACSGGCGCAGGCGGUAGCAAUCGGGAUCGCUCGCGCUUGACGGUCGAACGCCUCGGCCCCACUGCCGGCCGCGACUGCAGGCGGAGUCGUGAGUGCCAGAGCGCGGGGCAUGACCACGUCGCCAAGACGCGGCGGGGGCUGUACUACCGUCUGCGGCCGGCAGAGCGCCGCCGCUCGAGCGCCUCACGCUAUCAAACGCGCGAACACUACGAACUCCGGAACCGAGGAUGCCGACACAGCCGGCACUCGCCAGCGUGUCGCCCCAGAGACUCACCAGUACCCCAUCUACGUUCCCUUCCUGAUCGUGGGCCUCUGUAUUCGUGGCCUUCGUCCCUGGUGGGUUCCGUCGUCUGUUGUUGCUGCUGCCGCCUGUCUCCCGCCCCAAAGCAAAACUGUCGUCAGGGGGUGGGCGGGAGGCAGGUCGGGUCUCGUGGUGCGGAGCGGCCGUCUCCUGGAGACCAUUCCCAUGAUGCGCAGCGUGGGCACGUUCUCGCGGUUCAUCUUCGCCGCAAUCACCAGGCACCCAGCACGGUCGGUUCCAGUUCCUCUGCCCCUCCUGCCCAGGUGCCUCGCCCGGCCCCCCAGCCCAUGAUGCGCACCCAGGCCUCCUGCUGUCUGCCUACAGACGCCAGUGUCUUCGUCAACAUGCCCACCAACUUCUCCGUGCUCAACUGCCAGCAGGCCACCCAGAUCAUGCCCCACCAGGGACAGUUCAUCCACCCCCAGUACAUCGGCUACGCCACCCACCACAUGUCCCCGCCCCAGGGGGUCUACCUGGACCCCACCCAGGGGGGCUACAGACAGCUGCAGUCCCCCUACCCCCCACCCACCAGUGUGGCCAGUGUCACCAGUGAGCAGAAGUACCCUCCAGUAACAGUUUGAGGAAGGGGCCAUUUUGGUGACUGUGUGUAACAGACCGUGUGAGGACUUUGUGGAACUCUGCCAGAAAACCUUACGGAGACUGCGUGAGAAACCUUAUGGGGACAUUGGGAGCUCGCCAGCUUAGAGAGAGAAUGAUAUGGACUCUGGCUCACACAGAGGACUCGUAAAACCCAAGCUGGGAUCUGUGCCAGCCACAGUGUGUUGCGUGUGUGUGUCUGUCCUACAUCCCACUGGGCACACACUGGUUGAAUCAACGAUGUUUCCACAUUAUUUCAAUUAAAUGACGUUGAACCAACGUGGAAUAGACGUUGAAUUGACUUCUGUGCCUAGUGGGAUGUGUGUGAUAUUACGUUGCCUCAGGGUAAUCAUUCUGACUGAGUCAACCUCACCCCAAGAUGGAGUAUGUGAGGACAAGAAAGGGGUACAUCUUUCUGGAUGUCCUCAUUCAAGAAAACACAAUCACAUAGAGGGGUUAUGCUACUCACCAUGGCCAACGACUCUCAGCAUACAGUGGCUUGCGAAAGUAUUCAACCCCUUGACAUUUUUCCUAUUUUGUUGCCUUACAACCUGGAAUUAAAA